AUGCCUUGGAAAGGUACUCCCAUUAGAGCUGCCUUUAUUGCAAAACAAUUAUCCUUCAGUUUAGACACCUCAAAGAGACAUGAUGAGAUUAGUGAACUACCAAAAGUCGAUACCGAGAAUACUAUCAAGUGA